GUUUAGUAUUAUUGCACAGAACGGUGUUCAAGCCAGGUCAAAAUGGACACAAACCACCCCGGAUCUGCGGGCGGCAGAGGAGGGCUCGGCAGUAUUUUCGGCGGAGGACCCCCCGGUUAUUCUCACUCAGAUCUUGCUGGCGUUCCAUUAACUGGAAUGAGCCCUCUUUCUCCAUAUUUAAAUGUGGAUCCAAUGUAUUUAGUUCAGGACACUGAUGAAUUUAUUUUACCCACUGGUGCAAACAAGACUCGUGGCAGAUUUGAGUUGGCAUUUUUUACAAUUGGGGGUUGCUGUAUUUCAGGAGCAGCAUUUGGAGCACUGAAUGGUCUGAAACUUGGAUUUAAAGAAACCCAGAACAUGCCCUGGUCCAAACCCAAAAAUGUUCAGAUUUUAAAUAUGGUCACAAGGCAGGGUGCGCUAUGGGCCAACACCUUGGGUUCUUUAGCAUUACUGUACAGUGCCUUUGGGGUUAUUGUAGAAAAGACACGAGGAGCAGAGGAUGAUCUCAACACUAUUGCUGCUGGCACAAUGACUGGGAUGCUCUACAAAUCCACAGGUGGUUUGCGUGGUGUGGCUCGUGGUGGACUUGCCGGUUUGGCUCUCGCAAGCACCUUUGCUCUAUAUAAUAACUGGGAGCACAUAAAAGGCUCGUCGUCACAAGUGUCAUUAUAAGUGAAACUUUCUGGACUGUGAAAAAGGAUCUGUAAUCAUUCUUGUGAACUUCCUUUUACUCUUUGUAUAUAGUACCUUUAUGCUUUAGGUUCCACGAGCUGAGCCCAUAAUUUUAUAAAGGAACCGUGAACUUUUUCAGUCCGAAAACAGAUCUAGUGGCGCACAACUUUCAAAGAUAAUUUUGGUCAUGGUCCUUCAUAUGAAAUGCUCUCCUGGUGUCAAAUAAAAUAUUUAUGUGUACAUUUUCAGCUAUUUAAAUACUUGUGUUUUAUUGUGAGCCUUGCUGCACUUUUAGUUUGCUGACAAUGCUAUGAUUGAAAUCAACCUUCAGAAUUUGUUUCAUAUGAAUAUAUUUUAGCUGUUUUUAAAUUUAUGUGCUGUAGAACUAAUCUACAAGUGAACAUAUAUACCUCUGAAAGUGAAUUUAAUUUUGAUCUCAUCAUGAAUUUUUAUUGCUCAUACCUGCCAACUGUUGGCUAGUUCUUGCAUGUGCUGCAGUUUAGCCGACUUAAACCAGCUUCACUUGUUGGAAUAUAAUUCAAGCAGUAAGUUCAUGCAAGUCAAUAAGCAACUUCUACUUUGCUGUCCUUUUUUUAAAAAAAAUAUUUUUAGAAGUAAAUUCUGUUAAACUGUAAGUCAUUACCUUAUAAAAAAAUUUUGUCUGUCAGGAAAUAUAAGACUAUCAAAUGACUAGUAUACUGAUUCAGAUUAUAUAAUUUAGAACCAUUAAGUGGGACCCCUUCUCUGGUCUUCAGAACAAGGUCUUUAUUUUUGGUGAAACUGAUCAGUACUUUGGUGACUUCUGUACUGUAAAAUACAGUUGUAUUUAUGCUUUUGUCAUAAUGUCAUGAUUGUCUGUCAGGUAUGAUUAUUUAUUGUAUGUGUGUGUAUUUCAGUUCAGUGAUGCAAAUCACAUAGUUCAAUGGGCAUAAUUAGUUCUCUGCAAAUGAAGUCAGAACAACUUGUGGAUUGUGAUGCUUUAUACAAAACAGAUCUAGUGGCGCACAACUUUAAAAUAUAAUUUUGGUCACAGCCCUUCAUAUGAAAUGCUCUCCUUGUCGUAAAUAAAAUUUAUGUGUACAUUUUCAGCUUC